GCUGGUGUGUGGAGAGAGAGAAGCUAUGUUGAUGGCUUCAUGCCCUGCAUAUGACUCAGCAGUAUCGCCUUGCUUCCAUGGCUGCCUGGCUUUCUUCCACAGGCAUUUCCCACCACAGUCUCCCUGCUCACAUCCCUCGCUGUGUCUCGCACAGUCAACAGCAGUCGUUGCCCUGGGGUUGCCCCACAGUCCCUAAGCUCCAGCUCCCAGUCGAUGCGCCUUCCAGGGGACCUGCGUCCCUGUCUGGGGUUCAAGCCCUCACAGGGAUGAUGCUCCUCUUUGCCUUCCUCCUCUUCAUGGGAUUGCCACUGGGCUUCGUCGAGCCCUGGACCUUUAACGUACAAUGCCAUGAGUGUAUCGUGAAAAACACCUUCCAUUGUCCAGUUAAGAGAACGUGUCCUUAUCAUAUUAGGCGCUGUUUUACUGUCUCCAUGCGUUUGAAUUCUCGGGAAAUACUCGUUUACAAGAACUGUACAUUUAACUGUACAUUUCUGUAUAGAGCCCAAGAGCCUCAGGAAACCCCCAGAAGAAAGACGACUCAUAGAUUUAACAGUUUCUAUUGGGUUAAUUGUUGUGGUUCGAACAUGUGCAAUUUUGGAGGACCUACUAACCUGGAGAGGGACAUCACAGUCGAUUAUCCACUUGAAGAGGAUAUCGAAGGAAAUGCGCAAUUGGUGCAGUCCACUGUGUUCCUAAGCAUUGUCUCCAUCCUAGUCAGGAACACACUGAUGUGAGAGGCCUCCUUUGGAGGGGCUGACUAUCUCCCCAUCUCUCCCAAGGCAGCUGUCCUUUACUGUCUUGUGAGCCAGACACUGACCCCUGGAGCCCCCAGUUGAUGAGUUCCCCAUUUAGGAAUUGUUACCAGAGAGAAAUAAACACCAGAAUUGUUCAG